UUUCCAACGACUUGAGGCCUAGUUUAUGUAUAUACGGCUUGUAUCGUGAUCGGAGGUAGGGAGACCGCAUCCACCAUGGCCGAUAGCUUUAUCUACUGCUUUACGCACGGCACCAGUGUAGCUACAGACUCUCAGCUGACGGAAAAACUCCAGGACCUGUCUCAGGCGGCGGCUAGUAGUCCUCCGAAGGGCGCCAAGGGCAGAUGUUUGAGUGUCGCAGCUGGUGUCGUGCUAGAGUGCGUGGUGAGUGAGAGUCACGUGGUCCUCUUACUGGAGGGAGGGACUCUGAGAAGAGUCAGGUACUCUGAGGAGCAGCUGAAGGAGAAAAAUGAGGAACCUACUCCCUCACAUGCAUCCCGCAGCUCAUCUCCAAGGUCAGAGGUCAACGAUGAUGUAAACAGAGUCCCCUCCAGC